AUGGGUGAAAGGAGGAGAGAUAUUCGCUCAUAUUUGGAUGACAGUCAUACAAAAUAUUUGGAGGCAGUAAAAAAUUAUAAUGCUCAUAUAGACGAGUUAGUACGAUUUUUAGAUACAUUUGAAGACCCUGCAGUAAAUCACACAAAUUGGGGUAAAUUAAAAUAUAAAGGUUAUUUACAAAAGAUUUAUAAUCAUGAUACUGAGGUAUUACCUAUAUAUUUAGGAGACUUAAGAGAAUAUUUUAGUAAAGAGAAUGAUGAUGUAGAUUAUUCUGUAUAUAAUGGUAUAAUGACUAAUACCCAUAGAUAUAUGGAGUUAUUAUAUUCUGCUGCUGAUAAAUGCUUAUCUGAUGAAUGUUAUAAAAGGUUUAUGAGAGGUUAUGGUGAAGAAGAUGAGAGUGAAAAGAUCAAGAGAAGAAAUUUAAGAAGAAUAAAUAAUGAGGAUAAUUCUGGAUAUAGUACAGAUGAAAGUGAAAAAGAAGCUUUUAAUAAUUUAUUUCGGGAUAUGAUAAAACCUAUUGAAGAGAUUCGACAAGAACGUAUGAAAGAAUAUAAAUUACCAGCAUAUUUAAGAGUAAAUUUUGAAAUUAUUUUAAUACCUAGUUCUAGAGAUUUAGUUAGAAAAAUGAGAAUUGUGAACGCAGAUUGUAUUGGUUCUUUAAGUACUUUUGAAUGUGAAGUUAUUAGAGCUACUCAAUUAAAACCUAGAAUACAAGUUGCUACAUAUGAAUGUGAUAGAUGUCAUGUAUUUGCUUAUAAAGCUGUAGAUGGUCCUUUUUUUAUGCCACUAUUUGAUUGUCCAGGAUGUACUAAUGUUCAUGGUGUUAGAGGUUCCUUAAAAUUCCAAUCAAAAUUAAGUAAAUUUGUAAAAUAUCAAGAAAUUAAAGUACAAGAAUUAUCUAGUCAAUUACCAGAAGGUGAUAUACCAAGAAGUAUGAAUUGUAUUAUACAUGGAGAAAGUACUACAUCUAUACAACCAGGUAUGUCAGUUACAUUAACAGGAGUAUUAAUGCCUGUUACUAAAAGUGGAUAUCAAGCUUUAAAGGGAGGGUUGAUAGCAGAAAAGGUUUUCCAUAUUUAUUAUGUACAGAAUAAUAAAGAAAAUUUUAAUGAACAUAUAGAUAAUUAUGAUAAAAUUAUGGAACAAGUUCAAGAAUUAAAAAAUAGUCCUAAUUUAUAUGAGAAAUUAGCUUAUAAUAUAGGUCCUGAAAUAUAUGGACAUGAUGAUGUUAAAAAAGCUUUAUUAUUACAACUUAUUGGAGGAUGUACCAAAAAGAAAAAGGAUGGAGGUUUAAUUAGAGGUGAUAUACAUAUUUUACUAAUGGGAGAUCCAGGAGUUGCUAAGAGUCAACUUAUGAAAAAGGUUUGUCUUAUUGCAUCAAGAUCUAUUUAUACAACAGGUAAAGGUAGUAGUUCUGUUGGUUUAACUGCUGCUGUUUUAAAGGAUCCUAAUACAGGAGAAACAACAUUAGAAGGUGGUGCAUUAGUUUUAGCUGAUAAAGGUAUAUGUUGUAUUGACGAAUUUGAUAAAAUGGAUGAAUAUGAUAGAUCAGCUAUCUAUGAAGUUAUGGAGCAACAAACUGUUUCCAUUGCAAAAGCUGGACAUUGUAGUAAUAUGCCAGCUAGGUCUUCUGUAUUAGCUGCUGCAAAUCCUGUUAAUGGAAAAUAUGAUUGUAAAAAAUCUGUUAUGCUUAAUAUGAAUUUACCAGCAGCUUUAUUAACAAGAUUUGACUUACAAUUUUUAUUACUUGAUGUAUCAGAUAGAGAAAAAGAUAAAAAACUAGCUGAACAUGUUCUAAAUAUAUUAAAAUGUAUUGACUCUAGUGAUGAUAAAAAGAAAAAAUCUGAAUUGAAUGAUGAUGGUUAUGAAGAAAUUGAUAAAACAGUUUUAAGAGCUUUUAUACAGCUAGCUAAAAAGAAGCAACCAACCAUUUCACCAGAACUAAUACCGAAAAUAACACAGUGGUAUGUAUCUACGAGACAAUUAGAAUCACAACAAGAAAGAUAUAGUGAUACACGUAUAAAUUAUACAACACCCAGAGCCUUGUUAGCCAUUUUGAGAAUAUCACAAGCAUUAGCUAGAUUAAGAGAUAGUGACGUUAUCGAAACAGCCGAUUUCGAAGAAGCUAUAAGAUUGACGGAACAAUCUAAAGCAAGUGUGUCUUUACAAACUGAAAAGAGAAGACGAAGAGAUAUUUCAACUGAAAUUAUGAAUAUAAUUAAAAAUAUUAAAGAUAAAAUUAUGGAAAAGAAAAAGAGAUGGAAUGGAUGGAUACCUAUUGAGGAAAUUGAAAGGCAAUCAGUAACCAAAGGUUUUACAAGAGCCCAUGUAAUGAAUACUAUUGAUAAAUAUGUAGAAUUGACUGUAUUUACUAUUAAUGAAAAUAAUACAGCUAUUGCUUUCCCGAAUGAUGUUUAUAAUGAAGAUGAUGAAUAUGACGAGAUGGAGCAAGAAGAUUACGAAUAA